AUGGGCACCUUCUUCAAAGAGGAACAUAUGCCCGGCUGCCCGGCAGAUAAGAAGAAGAAGAAGAAGCGGCAUUUUGAUGAGCGAUGCUGGAGCGCGUGCGCCGCGCCGGAAGCCGGUGCUGCGGGAUGGUGAGACGCGGUGACCUUCACGGAUGUGGCCUUGAACUUCACCAAGGAGGAGUGGACCCUGCUGGCCCCGGAGCAGCGGGACCUCUACCGGGACGUGAUGCUGGAGAACAUCCGGAACCUGGCCUCCGUGGGCGAGGUGAUUCGACAGAAAACCAAAGACGCAGCCUCUCAGCAGGACAUUCUUGCUAAAAACACAAUUCGUGAAGCCAACAGAGUGUGUUUGACAGGCAACGAUCCCACUUCAGGAGGAGACUUGGAAGGCCACCAAGCAGAGGAGCCACACAGGCGGAGGGGGCAGAAAGGGAGGCGCAUGGCGGUUGCCCAAGAAGAAGACGGCUGUCUGGUUCCAAACUGUGUCUUAAGGAGUCAUCACAAAACCUCUGGAGACAGCCAGGACGAUAGAGGACUGUGGCAGAGCAUUCGGUCAGCUCCACGUGUGAGAACGCCAGCAGAGCGGCCACCAGUCACAUGGGUCAAGAAUCGCAAUCACGUGCUUCGUGCACCUGAUAAACCAUUUCUGGAGGUAAAUGUCUAUGAAUGGGGGCCAUGGGGGACAGUCUUCCUGGAAGACUGUGUCCUUAGGGCACACGAGACUCAAGAGCAAGUGUACGAGUCCAGUGAGUGUGAAAACAUCUUCCGGAGGAGCUCGAUGCCUGCCGUGCAGGUGCAAUCUUACACGGCGCCGACAAAGAACAAGAAUAAACCAAGUGGGAAAACCUUCGCCCACGUUCCAGAUGCCGGGUCCCACAGGAGUACGCGGAAUGGAGAGAAAAACUAUAAAUGUCAAGACUGUGGGAAAUCCUAUGCUUAUCACGCAUUCUUUAUGAAACACGUGAGCAUUCACACUGGAGUGAAACCCUAUGAGUGUAAGGAAUGUGGGCAAGCCUUUCGAUACUCCCUCCACCUCAAUAGGCAUGUAUACAGACACAUUGCGCAGAAGUCCCAUAAAUGUAAGGAAUGUGGGAGAGCCUUCCAUAAGUCCUGGAAUCUGACCAUACAUUCCAGGCUUCACACUGGAGAGAGGCCCUAUAAGUGUAUGGAGUGUGGACAAGGCUACACGAAUAGUUCAUCACUUAAGAGACAUCUGAAGAAGCACAGCUAAGAGAGGCCCUCGGAAGGAGAGGGAUGUGGAGAAAGCUUUG